AUGUGUCAAAUACAUAAUAUCAUCACAUCGACCCAUAAAGCAAUCGAAUUCAUGUGGGUUCCCUCACAUACGGGCAUUCCUGGAAAUGAAAAAGUAGAUAUACUAGCAAACGAGGCAAUCACCUCGUCCUCAUCCUCAACCAUUACCACCCUCCCAUACCAAGACGUCAAAAGAUGUAUAAAUAUACAUACUUCCAAUAUGUGGCAAACAUCCUGGGAUGAAAUACCAAUCAUCAAUAAACUUAAAUCGAUUAAAAAGAAAAUCACUAAAUGGUACACUCAGCCCAAUGCCUCCAGACGAUCAGAAACCAUCAAUAUCAGAACAAGAAUCGGCCAUACCAAUCUCACCCACAUUCACAUCAUAAAACAUGAUGAACAACCUCUCUGUAGCCAAUGUAACGAACCGCUCUCAAUCAAACAUGUAGUCUUAGACUGCCCGCUAUUUGUCAACGCUAGAGACAUCCCCAACCAUCCAUCAACGAUGGAGGAAGCUCUAGGAGAACACAACACGAACUUGAUACAUACCUUCUUCAAAUCCAUCGGCAUUGACACAAAAAUUUAA